AUCACCACUUCCUCCUCGCCGCCCACCACAUACCCUCUGCUUGCCCACAACCGCGCUCUUUGCUCGUAGAUAUCCUCCCCCACUCACAGAGUCGCCAUGGCGUCCGGCUUGGGCCCCAACCCUCGCAUGCAGUAUAAUCAACCCAAUUCGCCGUCUACGACGAACCUCCUCACUCCUUCGGGGGGUCCGGGCGUGCAGGCCGCGCUCUCUCGCGGCCCUAAGCUUCGCAGCAUGGCUAGCGACAUGUCGCUGAACGAGUCCAGAUACUCAGGAAAGACGGCCUCUAUGCCGGUUUCGCUCUCGGACAAGUUCUCGCUCUCUCCGGACCCUUCGUCCUGGGGCGCAGCGCUUACCAGUGAUCAUCCGGAAGGCGAUGACUACCUCCACAACCCCGACCCCCGUCGGGACAGGAAGCACGACCAGGGUGGACAUAUAUUCACCGCCAGAGGUUUCUUCAACUUGGGAUGCUUGUUCAUCCUCGGCGCUGGUCUGCUUGCGCUCUUCGCCGGCUAUCCCCUGGUCAGCUACUUCCAGAAGAACCCUCUGUCCACCUUCGGCGGAUUCAACCUUGGAGGCAUCAAUGCAACUGGCCAGGUUCCUACCAUGCCCGGCAACUGGGGUCUUAUCGACCUUGAUACCCCCUCGGAUGCUCAGACUUACCUGGACUUCAACUCUGGCAAGGAGUGGCAACUCGUAUGGAGUGACGAGUUUAACACUGACGGGCGGACUUUCUACCCUGGUGAUGACCCUUACUGGGAGGCUGUCGACCUCCACUACUGGCAGACCAACAACAUGGAGUGGUACGACCCGGAGGCAAUCACGACUUCCAACGGCUCCCUGACGAUCACCCUGAGCCGCAAGGAGACGCACGAGCUGAACUUCCAGGGUGGAUUGAUGUCUACUUGGAACAAGUUCUGCUUCACGGGCGGUAUGGUGCUCACCUCCGUCGUUCUCCCUGGUGUGAACAACGUCGUCGGUCUCUGGCCCGCUAUCUGGACGAUGGGUAACCUUGGCCGUGCUGGUUACGGUGCUAGUCUUGAGGGCAUGUGGCCUUACACCUACGAUUCAUGUGACGUCGGAACCGUUGCCAACCAGACUUUGAACGGCCUUCCUUUGGCCGCGACAGAAAACGGUGACACAUCUGUUGGUGGUGUGUUGUCUUUCCUCCCUGGACAGCGCCUCUCGCGAUGCACUUGCCCCGGAGAGUCUCACCCCGGGCCUAUGCACUCGGAUGGAACCUAUGUCGGUCGCGCUGCCCCCGAGAUCGAUAUCUUUGAGGCUCAGAUCACGGGUGAGCCGUUGACUGGCCAGGUGUCUCAGUCGGCACAGUGGGGUCCGUUCAACGAGGCCUACACCUGGUUCAACACGUCGGACACCCUGAUUAUCCCUGACACCGAUAUCAGCGAAUUGAACAGCUACAAGGGUGGCGCAUUCCAGCAGGCAUCAUCUGUAGUGACAGAGACGAACCAGCAGGCGUACGAGGGCACUGGAAAUGUGUACUCUAUUUAUGGCAUCCAGUACAAACCUGGCUUCGAUGAUGCCUACAUUACUUGGAUCUCGAACGGCAAGGUCGCGUGGACCUUGAAGCAAGCCGGUUUUGCUGCGGACACCACUGUUGAGAUCGGGCCGCGUCCCGUGCCGCAAGAGCCCAUGUACCUCAUCGCCAACUUGGGCAUGUCGACAAACUUCGGUUUCGUUGAUCUCGACCACCUGGCGUUCCCGGUCACGAUGAAGGUCGACUACAUCCGCGUGUACCAGGACCCCGACGCGAUCAACAUUGGGUGCGAUCCCGAUGACUUCCCCACGGCCGCAUAUAUCAACGAGUACCUCGGGGCGUACACGAACCCCAACCUGACGACAUGGCGGGACGACUUCAAGCAGCCCUUCCCCAAGAACAGCUUCCUUGGAGAAUGCUAAACGCGGCCGUCAUCGCGGCGCGGCCCCGUACCCCUGCGCUCGCGCAUACUCUCAGCUCGAUGCGUUCCGUUGAGAGCGUGGACGGUUUUGAACAGUUGCGGAUCGCCCGGCCCCCACUCCCCGCCGUCGCCAUCCGUGUCCGGUCCUUACCUGCCGAGAUCCCCUCCCCUUGCAUAUGUAUUCCCGUGCCACAUAGCAUUAUUCUUUUUUGCGCUGAACCCUCUUCGUAUCUUGAUUCCUACGGCUGGCCUCUUCUGCUAUCUACUACUACCCCCGCAGUCGCGUUCUGUUGUGCGGCUGC